CUUCCUCUAGCACACAGCGGCCCCUCCUUCCUCGGCUGAAGGCUGCAGUCUGGAGAGCAGGGAGUGGGAGCCUGACUGAGCUUACUUUACAGUCACAGUCCAGGCAUUGCGGUUCUUCCUUCCUCCCUCUUCCCAGGUCACCACCAUACCGGACAUUACAGCUAUGGCAGCCAUUCGGAAGAAGCUGGUGAUAGUUGGCGAUGGUGCGUGUGGAAAAACUUGUCUCCUAAUAGUGUUCAGCAAGGAUCAAUUUCCUGAGGUCUAUGUGCCAACAGUCUUUGAAAACUACAUAGCUGACAUUGAAGUAGAUGGAAAACAGGUGGAACUGGCUCUGUGGGACACAGCAGGACAAGAGGAUUAUGACAGACUGCGCCCACUCUCUUACCCUGAUACUGAUGUUAUUCUAAUGUGUUUCUCAAUUGACAGUCCAGACAGCUUGGAGAACAUUCCUGAGAAAUGGACUCCGGAAGUAAAACAUUUCUGUCCAAAUGUGCCCAUUAUUUUAGUUGGUAACAAAAAGGAUCUCCGAAAUGAUGAACAUACCAGGAGGGAGCUAACAAAGAUGAAGCAGGAGCCCGUGAAGCCAGAGGAUGGACGAGAAAUGGCAAAUCGCAUUAAUGCUUUUGGAUACCUUGAAUGCUCGGCCAAGACAAAGGAUGGUGUGAGAGAGGUGUUUGAAAUGGCCACACGAGCAGCCUUGCAAGUUCGAAAACACAGGAAGAAGCAGCGCUGCUCCAUCCUAUAAGUAAAGUCUUAGAGCCUUUUGGGAAGACCAAGAGAAGAACAAAGCGAAUAGCUGUUUUUGCUGCUGCACCACCUGUCAUAUGAUGCCAGAGACUCCAGCAGCAAAGGGCUAUAUACACCAUUUGUACUGUAAAUGUAUGUAUUCUUGUUUUUGUUUCAUUUGUUUCACACCUAAACAUCUAUGUAGAGUUUCAGGUUUGGGUUUGUGGGAAAAGUCUUUAGGAAGCAUUGAAUGUACAUGCAGUGCCUCCUUUCUCUGCUCCUAAUCCAAACUCCUGAAACGUAUCUUUCUGGAGGUGAAAAGCACAUAUAGGAUUCUGGGAGAUUUUUCCGUGCCAUAUUCUUGAUCUCCUUAUGAUCUACUCAUCCUUUCAUGAAAAUCCCCUUCCAAAAUGGCCUAUGUGGGCCUUUGUGUCAUUUUGUGCUGUUGGCAUCAGAAAAAACAUUAGGUUUUUCAUAAGACUUUGAAGACUGUAUAGGUGUGUGUGUAAAAUGUGUAAAUGAUUCUUCCAAAGCACAAUAUGAUCUACAAGCAAGUUGCACUAUUCUUACUCCCUUCAUGACUUCUCUAUGCCAUCACGAUGCACUCUGCUUAUUAGUGAUGGUGUUCCACAGCUUUAUCAUCUUAAUGGGAGUUGUGUAACUUAUAGAGCAGGCCUAAAAUGGGAUACCAUAAUUUGAUUCUAGAGUUCCAAAAUAUCUUGAAAUGCGUGUUUUGGGAUAUCCCAUGCAGUAUCCUUUUGAUGUACGGGAUCCUAUUUUAGCUACGAGUAAAUGCACGCAAGAUGGCUAAAUUGCUAUGUAACCAAGCAUGUGCUAAAUUUGGAAGUUCCAUUCACUAUUUGGGUAAAUGCAGCCAGGAUUGUGAAUGGGUAUAGUCUAACCUUGUGUUGGCAUUAUCCGUUUGUUCGGUGAACUGAAGCCAAAGAAUUUGUCCUGUUGGCCUUCAUUCAACAUUCACUGUAAAUUUCCAACAUCGUCUAUGUAGGAUUUACACAUUUCCAGCCUGUUCUGUAUAGAAAUCACAAACGCCCUAUUUGCUGUGUUGGCACAGCAACAGUCCACCCCCCAUGAACAGCAAUAGGAACUUGGUACAUACAUGCUCUAAGCACAGUGAAGGUUGCAUGUACAUACUCUAAAAAUGUUUGUAGUAAGAGCCCUGGGUCGUUGGACAAAAUCAAUUAUUUUUUUUUUUU